CGGCUUGGGCUACACGGUGGGUUCAGCCAUCCUGGGCUGCCUGAGACAAAACAAAACCCUAAAGAAAACGGAAGAAACCUUUGGUGGGAGAGAAAGUGACACUGAGAUGCAAGCUCCCCCUGGCACCAGCCGAGUCGAUCUUUGUCCAAUCGACAAUCCUGUACGUUGCUUGCCCGGUUCUACGAGGUGGCGCCUGUCGACUUCUCAGCCUUGCCACUUUAAUCUCACCCCAGCACCUCUGGCCACUUCCCUUCCGGGGAACCCUGCACUAUUCUAUGGGGCUGGGAAAAUGCUUUUCCUGGCAGGUCGGAUUCUUUAAAUUGCUCAACCCAGUUUACCCAGGAAACGCCUUCCUUAAUCCUGGAAUGGGGGCACGUCCCUCGUUGGCUGCUGCGUGAGCAAAGCAACUAUUUUCCAGCGAGUGUCCUCAGGUGACCUGUCUAGACGCUCAGAGGAAAAAACAAGAGAAUCUGACACUCUCUGGAGCCCCAUAGACGCCUGUGACGCGCAGGCCGCGCUGCGUGGAAGGGCGUGCGGAGCGCACAGCGGCAGGCCCAACGGGGCUGGCGGCGUGGCGCCGGGUGCCCGGGACGCAGGCUCCGGUGGGUGGCCCAGCCGUCGGGGUCCUCCGGCCGCAUUUGUUCUGGAAGCUCGUAUUUACAUUUUAAGUGUAUCUGGUGAGUGGGCUGGAGCCCUCGUCCCGGCCGGGGAGAGAAGAAGCCGUCGACCCGUCUUUUCAGUCGCUUCCCCUCCCUUUUCUCAUCACUCCAACCAGCCCGCGACCAUGCCCAGGAAGAAGGGGGCGGCCUGGGAGGAGCCGAGUUCGGGCAACGGCACGGCGCGCGCGGGGCCUCGGAGGCGCGGCGGCCCCGCGGGCAGGAAGCGCGAGCGGCCCGAGCGCUGCAGCAGUAGCAGCGGCGGCGGCAGCAGCGGCGACGAGGACGGCCCGGAGCUGGACGGGGCCCCCGGCGGCGGCAAGCGCGCGGCCAGGCCGGCGGCGGCGGGCAAAGCGGGCGGCGCGGCCGCGGUUAUCACCGAGCCUGAGCACACGAAGGAGCGCGUCAAACUCGAAGGGUCUAAAUGCAAAGGGCAGCUUUUGAUUUUUGGGGCAACAAACUGGGACUUGAUUGGACGGAAGGAAGUGCCGAAGCAGCAAGCUGCUUACCGCAACCUUGGUCAGAAUUUGUGGGGGCCCCAUAGGUAUGGGUGCCUGUCGGGAGUCCGGGUGCGGACCGUGGUUUCGGGUUCAUGUGCUGCCCAUAGCCUCCUCAUCACCACAGAAGGGAAACUGUGGAGCUGGGGUCGGAAUGAAAAGGGGCAGCUGGGCCAUGGUGAUACCAAGAGGGUUGAAGCCCCUAGACUCAUUGAGGCACUCAGUCAUGAGGCAAUCGUGCUGGCAGCAUGUGGGCGCAACCACACCUUGGCGCUGACAGACACUGGCUCCGUGUUUGCCUUUGGAGAGAAUAAGAUGGGACAACUGGGCCUUGGGAACCAGACAGAUGCUGUCCCGAGCCCUGCUCAGAUCAUGUACAAUGGGCAGCCAAUUACCAAGAUGGCCUGCGGGGCUGAAUUCAGCAUGCUGAUGGACUGUAAAGGCAACCUCUAUUCCUUUGGGUGCCCUGAAUAUGGCCAGCUGGGACACAACUCAGAUGGGAAAUUCAUCGCCCGGGCACAGCGGAUAGAGUAUGACUGUGAGCUGGUACCCCGGCGGGUGGCCAUCUUCAUUGAGAAGACCAAGGACGGGCAGAUCUUGCCUGUCCCAAAUGUGGUAGUUCGAGAUGUAGCCUGUGGUGCUAACCACACACUGGUCCUGGACUCACAGAAGCGAGUCUUCUCCUGGGGUUUUGGUGGCUACGGCCGACUGGGCCAUGCAGAGCAGAAGGAUGAGAUGGUGCCUCGCCUGGUGAAGCUGUUUGACUUUCCAGGGCGUGGUGCGACCCAGAUCUACGCAGGCUAUACCUGCUCCUUUGCCGUCAGUGAAGUGGGUGGCCUGUUUUUCUGGGGGGCCACCAAUACAUCCCGUGAGUCUACUAUGUACCCGAAAGCAGUGCAGGACCUCUGUGGCUGGCGGAUCCGGAGUCUCGCGUGUGGGAAGAGCAGCAUCAUUGUGGCGGCCGAUGAGAGCACCAUCAGUUGGGGUCCAUCGCCAACCUUCGGGGAACUGGGAUAUGGGGACCACAAGCCCAAAUCUUCCACUGCAGCUCAGGAGGUGAAGACCCUGGAUGGCAUCUUCUCAGAACAGGUGGCCAUGGGCUAUUCACACUCCUUGGUGAUAGCGCGAGAUGAGAGCGAGGCUGAGAAAGAGAAGCUCAAGCGGCUGCCCGAGUACACCCCACGUACCCUCUGAGGCAGGGUGGCACUCCCCUCGUGGCAGCUGUCAUUUACACGUGCACUGGGACCAGAAGUCAGACAAGGAAUUUAGGAAGCAAAAGUUGACCGACGAUGCAUUGGGUCAGCCUCUCUGCAGUUCCGUUUCCAAGCAGUUCAACGUUAACUACCUUUUUCUGUAUGCUUUCCAAAGUGUUUUCCCUCAAUGUUUGAUUAAAACAUCUGCUCAUAGCCAGCUUGCCAUUCUACGAGACAGGCAGGAACUCAGAGCAAUUUAGGCUUUUUUAAAUAUAUAUAAGUUGUAUUUCUUUUCUCCCCUCCUGAAUAUCCUUGUCCAGCCCUGCCAUUCCAGCCAUAAUUAGCAUUGUGAUCCGAGUGGGUGCCGCGUGGGAGAGGAAUUGCCACUUUCCCAGAUGGAAACGGCCCUUCCAGGAACCAGCAGCCUCUAGGCCAAGAAAUCCCCAGUGCUCGGUCUCCACCCAGCUCCCGCCUGCUCGCUUUGGGAGACCUGGUCACUUGCUUGUGGGCCCUCCUGCCCCUCACCUCCACCCAAUAGCUGUUUGCUGGCUUACUGUCUGCAUAGGCCCACUGCCUUUUGGCUGAAGCAGUUGUAGAACCAGCCAUUUCCCCCCUGGUGGGGGAACUGGGGUCUCUGUGUUUAGCCAUUUAUAUCUACUUUAGCUCUCGAGUCCAAAUGCGAAUUGGGGACCAUGGGAUAUGGGGGUGGGCAAGGUGGGGACCCUUUGUGUUCUUGAAGGGCCUGACUUAUGGCUCCCUAUGGAGCCCAGACUAUGCUUCCCAGUUAAGAGAUCAGCCAGCAGUCAAGUGUGUGUUCAGUCCUCUGUGACCUGUCGGCUCCUGCUGUCCCCUCUGCCUGGGAUGGCACCUUGUUCUGAGACUUAGCCAUUCUUCUGCUAGCCCCAGUGCUCUUUGGCGCUUGCAUUUGCUUGGCUCUGGUACCAAAUAGUUGGGAUUUCUGAUGAAAUCCCCUGCCCCGCGUGUCAGCGCAGAUGCUGUGACUGCCACCCACAUCCCCACAAGUGCCCUCUUCCCGAGCCUGUCCUGGUAUUGACUUUGCGGCUGAGUUCCAAGGUGCCUUUCCUGGAUCCCGAGUGUGGUGGCAGCUCGGGCUGGGGCCCCUGGUUCCCAGAGGGUCUGGGUUGUGUCGGCUGCUUUAACUAGGUUUAGUUCCGUGGUGCUCUGGGGGAGUCGGGGAGAACUGAAGUGUGAGGCUGGGUGGAUGAGAAAGUUAAUUCUGGUCUUCAAAUUUAUGGUUUCGCUUCUGGUGUUGUGACGCUUGUUACUGUCUCUAUGUUAAAAUGCCAAAAAUGAUCUAGUCGCUGCUUCCUUCCCGCCCCAGUGCUCUACAGCAGCUUCUGGCUUUGCAAGGUGUGUUUGUCUCAGCCAGCGCCAUGGCCUGGCGGGAACGGAUCCGAGUUCCCACUGUCUCCCACCGCGUGUCCAGCUAUAGUCAGUCCAGGGACAAGCUUCUUCAGUGGCUGUGCUCCCGCAAAACCUGCUUUGUCCUGGUCACCCCAGACACCACCCCUCGCCUCCACGUGCCGCCUGAGCCUUCCCUGCUCUAUGGCUAGUGCUGCUCAGUGUCUGCUCCUCUGUCCUGGAGUUGUGUGGUCACCAAGAGGGCUGCGGAUGCAAUAGCCCUGAGCUGAGCUGGGCUCAUCUUCCAGGGAGCAAACCAUAGCCAGCAGUCAACUCCCGGGUAGUGCGGGGGUGGGAGCUGAGCAGAAAGUACCUUCUGGGGAGAGUUCCUUGAGUCCAGCCACAACCCCUUCCUUUAGGCUAAAGUGUCCACCUGAGCUUUUCCACUGGGAAACACCUUUAGAACAGGGACAGUGGGAAGUCCUGGGCGGGAGCCACUCUGGCCGCCCAUGGACUCCUGAAGUCUUCCAGUCACCGAUGAGAGGGUAGCAGGAAGGGAACAAGCGAGGAUGGUGUGAUUUGGUUGAAGGUGCCUGGUUUAGUGCUGUUAAUUGUCUUAUUUUUUUUUAUAUAUAUAUUUCUUGGAGUAAACAUUUUAAAUAAACGGCAUCAUUGUUUA